CGCCGCUCCCCCCAGCCCCGCAUUGCUUGUGGCUCCGUGGCUGCUCACUGUGUCCCCCGUCCGCACGCAGUCCUCUCCCACCCCCGCCCCCGCCUUCCAGUCCCCGUGGCCUUUGCUGUGUACUCUGUUGCUGUUCUUCCUCCGUGGGCCACACGGACAGUGGUAGACGACCUCGAGGAUCGUGUACUCGGCGCGCCACGCGCCACGUAGUCUUCCGAUUGCUCAGCUUUUAAUGACGGCCUGCUGCCCCGUGUGAUUAGUGCUUGUUGUCUGUUGGAGCACUCUGUAAACACUGCCAAAGGCGACUGCUUUUGUGAAAGUGAAGGACAGGUCCCGAACGCUGCCACGCUGUCAUGAGGUACGCGCCCGUUCACCUGCUGAGCGUUUUUCUGAUCGGUUCAUCUUGGUCUAAUUAAUCCUUAAUUUUACCCCAAACACCAGAUUGGGGAGUAAAACUCGCUGAAAUAUGAAAAUAUUGCAGCGUGUGGUGACGCAAGCGUCCCCAGGGCGCUGUACCAGAGCAGUAUGGAGUCUUUCCUUGCUUCCGUGCAGCUUUCAUCGGCCCGGAGCGGUGGAGAUUGCGCUUCCAGGGGGAGGGGGCGGGCUGUGAGUGGGGGACCCCUGCCCAUGGCCGCCAGUCACCACAGGGAGGAGCGGCCCGCCAGCAGCUUGGCACCGGGGUCCCAGCUCCGAGUCCCCUCACCGCGGGACAAACCAAAACAGAAACGCUUUUCUGCUUGUUUCUGAAACAAUCUUUUCUGUUUCUCACAACGGCUGCUCCCUGGGAAUCUGACCUGAUGGGAGAGGAUGUGAAAACCGCGUUUGGAGCAGGGGUCGGUAACCUCCUCCCCACUUGCUUCCAUGGCGAGCUGCACAGGUUCUGCCCUACCCUGCACGAGGGGCAGGUCGGACUCAGCAGCUGGGGCCAGAAAGCCAGCGGCUCCCCGCACCGCCAGCCAGCACACAACGAGACGGACUGCAGCUGGGCCCCGUUCGACCAGGACAACUACCAGCAGCUGCUCGGGGCCCUGGAUUACUCGUUUCUGUGCGCCUACGCCAUUGGCAUGUACCUGAGCGGCAUCAUAGGGGAGCGCCUGCCCAUUCGGUAUUACCUCACGUUUGGGAUGCUAGCCAGCGGCGCUUUUACCGCCCUCUUCGGGUUCGGGUAUUUCUACAAUAUCCACAGUUUUGGAUUCUACGUGGUAACUCAGAUCAUCAACGGACUGGUGCAGACGACCGGCUGGCCCAGCGUCGUCACCUGCCUCGGCAACUGGUUUGGAAAAGGAAGGCGAGGUUUGAUUAUGGGAGUCUGGAAUUCCCACACGUCUGUGGGCAACAUUCUGGGCUCCUUGAUUGCUGGCUACUGGGUGUCCACGUGCUGGGGCCUGUCCUUCAUCGUUCCUGGGGUCAUCGUGGCAGCCAUGGGGAUAGUGUGCUUUCUCUUUCUCAUCGAGCAUCCGAAGGACAUUGCCUGCUCCUCCUCCCUGGCGGCGGAGUUUGACAUCACGCUGGAGGCCAUGGAGAUUACAGAGAUGGGUAAGAUGUAG